CAGCCUCCGUACUUUCUGCUGGCCCCGCCCCUUUGUUGCUUCUUCUCGAAAGCGUACAGGCCGCUCUUUGAAAAGCUAGCUAAAUAGCUAACUAGAAGACUAUUGAAUACUUCGAAAGGGAAACAUAAAACUUGAGCUGGUGACCUCACAAGGAAUUCCCCUCCUGCUCUGGUGGGAGGAAGAAGAUCCAGUGUUGUGAGAACUCAGAACCUGGAAUAACUUGUCUUGGUCGGAGACUCACAUAGCAGCACUUGCUAAAACUCCCAGUGGGAAGAGAGAUCUAGGAGACCUUUGAAUCCAUAUGAAAGGAAAGACACCUGACCCUAUUUUUGACCAAGACGCAUAGUAACUCAUCAGAAUAGGAUCAUUAAGAAUCUUCUGGGACAAAAUGGACCGAGAGAAGGGAAUGUUGAUGGAUGAAAUCGAAAAGGGUUUAUGGAAUUUAACCGAGGACAAUUUACGUUACCUUUGUGAACGUCAUGGACACGGUGGCAAAGAUGGCUUCAAAGUUAAAGCAAUGGAUCACCGGUCGUUGCGGCGAAAAAUCCUGGAGGAAAUGUGGGACAAUACGGAUUCAAUGAAAUCAGAGGAGCAGGGAAUAUCUUGGUUAGUCCAACUGAAGGAGGACAUCAGAAAGAUACAGGAGGAUGCUAGCAGUGCUGAUGAUGAUGAUGCUGUAGACUGUGACGAAGAAUGGAACGGAGAGGGCGGGGUUCAGUUACCUAGCAAUGGGUUGGAGGUGGAGCCCAUGAGUUCCAGCCAAUCUGAUGAUGAUGGCGCUGUAGACUGUGAUGAAGAAAGGGACGAGGAGGUCAGGGAUUGGAUGGCUAACGAUGGGCUGGAGGUGGAGGUGUCUCCAGAGAGGCACACACCAGAGCAGAGAGUGAGAGGGGACAAGCCUCCCCGGCCCCCCUCCUCCCUCUCGAAGUCUCCGGGUCGUGCGUCCCGCGGUAGCGCUCUACUGCGCUGUCUGAAGAAGAGGGUGUCUGUGCAGCUAGACGACAGCAAAACAACUCGCACAGGAGAGAAAUCUCACAGCCUGUCUAGUGCUAAACGAUGCAAGAAAACUCUCCCAGGAGACAGGCCUAGCUCCCAUAUCUGUGAUCACUGUGGGAAGAAUUUAGGAAGUCAAAAAAGCCUGAAAAGCCACAUGCGCGUUCAUACCGAAGACAAACCUCAUGAGUGCUCCGAGUGUGGGGAGACGUUCCGUCUGUUAAGAAGCCUAAAAAAACAUCAGAAACUUCACACUGGUGAGGUUAGAGGGACGAAAAAAGUCAAAGUUCCGCAUCCGUGUCCUCACUGCGGGACGAUGCUAGCUUCCAAGAAAGAAUUAAAGGAUCAUCUGCGAAUCCGCCACACUGAAAAAACUCAGCUCUGCUCUGAAUGUGGCAAGAGAUUCUCUAGCACCUACGCCCUGAGGAAACACCAGCGACUACACACUGGGGAACAGCUCCACCUCUGCCCUGACUGUGGGAAGACCUUCUAUACUCAGGCACACUUGAUAUCUCACCAGAGGGUCCAUGCUGAACACAGGGAAAGGCCGCAUGUGUGUCCUGUCUGUGGGAGGGGCUUUACAGCAGCUUCAUCCUUGAAGUCACAUCAGAGUAUUCACACUGGCGAGAAACCUUACCUCUGCUCUGAAUGCGGGAAGAGUUUCAGAACAUUAGGACACUUCACAACACACCAGAAACAGCAUGUAGAAGCAAAGCCAUCUUUCCCUUGCCCUGUUUGCAAUCAGUGUCUCUCAACAAAGCGCAACCUGAUAUUUCACCAGAGAAUGCACACUGGAGAGAAGCCUUACCACUGCUCUCAGUGUGACCGGCGCUUUGUUAAUGAGCAGAAAUUGAAAAGUCAUCAGCGUGUACACACUGGAGAGAAGCCCUACCUUUGCUCCCAGUGUGGGAAAAGUUUCGCUCUUUCACAAAAUCUUAAAAAGCAUCUCAGGGUGCAUUCGGGUGAGAGGCGUUACAGAUGUACCUAUUGUGUAAAGAGUUUCAUUUCUUCAUCUGGUCUGAAAUCACACCUGCAAACACACACUGGAGUGAAACCCUGCCACUGCCCUGAAUGUGGGAAAGGUUUCUCAGAGAAGAGGGCUCUAAAGAAUCACAUGCUCACACACGGGAGAGAAACCGCUCCAACGUUCCAAUGUCUGUGAGAAUGUAACUCAGCACCAGGAGAUACACACUGGGGUUGAAGAGCAUAAAUAACUGCCAUUAGACUGAGUCGCUCUGCAUAAGAGCGUCUGCUAAAUUACUAAAACAUUUAAAAAUAAAACAUAGAUAUUGUACACCGCUGCCUUCCCGACUCCCACGUGAUAGUUCAUUUCUGUCUUAUUUUCUCUGAAAAGGCUUACUAAGAAACUACCAUAACUAGUUAUUUUGUGUCUUGGUGUUCUGUUUAUGAAUUGUCUGCUUGCUUUGAACUGUUCUAUCGAGCCUGACUCCAGAACCUGUUUUGUGUAUGUAUGUAUGUGUAUGUAUGUAUGUAUCUGUGUGUGUGUGUGUGUGUGUGUGUAUAUAUGACUCCCAUUUUGGCAUGUAUUUAGCAGUGUAUGGUGCAGUACCAAUGUGGCCACUAAAAGGACACCACUUGCCUGUUUUUUAAUGUUGUGAGGUUGCUUCACUUUUCUUCUACUAUGGUGGGCUCGCGCUAUGGCAGUUUUAGAAGAAGUCUGCCAAGACAACUGUACAAGUCUGAACGAAGCAACAAGAUAAAUACAUUAUGGCAUCUUAUUCCCGAGGUAACAAACACGCCUGCACUGAUCUGUCUCGUAUCUUUUGCAAAGAGUCAUGGGAUUGAUCAAAAGGACUCCGGCUGUUAUAACGUUAAAAAAAUAAUACUGAAGUGAAGUAAAUUCCUUUGUAAAAACAGGCUGAAUUUAAGCGAAAUCAAUAAUUUUUAUUUUUUUUUUGCUGAGGAUAUCUUACUUUUACAUCUAGCUACGGUGUUUUUGUGUUUGUACAAGCAGUACUUCUAACUUAAAUUUGUCCAACACAGACAAACGAAGGGGCCAGGGUUCAGGUCUGGAAGCACGCUUUCCACUGUACCCAGAGGGCAGUUUCAGUACUGCAGUUUGCCUGACAUUUGGCCCACAAAGACCAUUCCCAUUGAUGGUCCCAUAGAGAAGUCAGAUUUCAAAUUCCUAAUAAGAUACUUUACCCGUCACCUUUGUGCACAAAAUAUCAGUUGAGGCCAUCUUUUUCUCCAUCACUCACAGCCGAAGACAUUAACAUUUUACAUUCAACCAAUGUCUGCCAUGUUUAGGCCUCUCGAAAGGCCUCCCGAGUGGCGCAGCGGUCUAAGACACUGCAGUGUUAGAAGCGUCACUACAGACCCUGGUUCGUUCCCAGGCUGUGUCACAACCGGCCGUGAUCGGGAUAGGGCUAGGGCGGCGCACAAUUGGCCCAGCUUCGUCCAGGUUAGGGGAGGGUUUGGCCUAGGGUAGGCCGUCAUUGUAAAUAAGAAUUUGUUCUUAACUGACUUGCCUAGUUAAAUAAAAAUAUAUAUUUUUGGAUGACGUGAUGAUGUCAUCACUGCUCGCGGUGCUCCCUGUGCGCAUUGAGUGCUAGUGUGCAUGUGAGUUGGCCCCAGUGAAAAGGAUGCAACCCGGAGAUAUACAGUGCGACAGGUAACCUAGCGGUUAAGAGCAUUGGGCCAGUAACCGAAAGGUCGCUGGGUCGAAUCCCUGAGACGACUUGGUGAAAAAUCUGCCCUUGAGCAAGGCAUUUAACCCUAAUUGCUCCUGUUUUAUAUAGACCAUCCACAAGUCAGCGUUUUGUGAAUGUGAGUAGGUUAAGUUGAAAACAACAGUCUUCCAUUUUGGAUGCAGUCUCCAGUUAAUUUAUAGGCCGAGGCUACGAAUAUAAAGUUUUCACUCCCGCCUCCGUCCCUCCCCUUUAGAAACAUCUUUCUCAAAACUAAGGAUACAAAUAAUGUUUUGCGUAUGUGUUUAUUUUACACACACAUUCAAGUUUCUCUCUUUAAUCUAUGCUUUACUCCCCCUCUUCUGAACCCUCGACCAAUGUGAUCGACAUGGUACUGUAGCCUCUGUUCUAUAAACUCUGGCGAUUUUGAAAGAAUAUUCCCAAAAUAUAUAUGUGAAGGCUAACUGUCUGUUGUGACGGAUAUUGCCUUGAAUAAGGCGCCGUCUACACACUGCAUUGGAGUAAAAACGAUCAGCGUUUUGUGUGAUGAUGUCAUCUUUAUAGUGAUACUGCCAUGUAGCCAGAGUUACUGAACACUAAAUACUUCCUUCAUAAGCUAGCUAGCUACUGGCAACAUUGUUAUCACAAUAAAUGAGUUUGUAUUAAUAAUAAUAAUAUCCAUGAAUUAAAUGGCAGUUUAGAAGAAGUCUGAAGAAGCAACUAGCUACAUAUGUGUUUAUAUAUUUAUUUAAAGGUCUAGGCUCCAAUUCUUCUGAAUGACUAUCUCUAUCCACUUCUUGUAAUGUGUCAUUGUUUAAUAACUAAUAAAUGAUAUUUUAACAGACCCACGUUAUGUUCCCCGGGCGCCGAAGACGUGGAUUUAAGGCAGCCUACCCGCACCUCUCUGAUUCAGAGGGGUUGGGUUAAAUGCAUUUCAGUUGAAGGUAUUCAGUUGUACAACUGACCAGGUAUCCCCCUUUCCCCUGGACUCCCAGGAGUCAUCUUUUAGUUCUACAUCAAUACAUGCCCAAUUCAUAAUGUAGAUUAUAGUGUUCAUAGUGUAGUCUGUAGUUUUUAGCUUACACUGUUCAUAGUGUAGUCUGUAGUUUUUAGCUUACACUGUUCAUAGUGUAGUCUAGUUUUUAGCUUACACUGUUCAUAGUGUAGUCUAGUUUUUAGUUUACACUGUUCAUAGUGUAGUCUGUAGUUUUUAGCUUACACUGUUCAUAGUGUAGUCUGUAGUUUUUAGCUUACACUGUUCAUAGUGUAGUCUCGUUUUUAGCUUACACUGUUCAUAGUGUAGUCUAGUUUUUAGUUUACACUGUUCAUAGUGUAGUCUAGUUUUUAGUUUACACUGUUCAUAGUGUAGUCUGUAGUUUUUAGCUUACACUGUUCAUAGUGUAGUUUUUAGCUUACACUGUUCAUAGUGUACAUACUGUAUGUGAAGUGUGUAAAUGCUGCGUGUAUAUCUUGUCCGUAUAUUCUGUUUAUUGUCUGUCUGAAGCCUAUAUUCUGUUUAUUGUGUCAGCACCAUAUCACCAAGUCAAAUUUCUGUACAUGCAAAUGUGUUUGGCGAAUAAAGGUGAUUCUCCGUUCCAUCUGUUGAUUGGAGGGGGAAGUUACAGAUGUUGACAUGUCUCACACAGUUGUUCAUGUAAAGUUUCAUUGUGGUGUUUUUUUUUUAUGUUUAAAAAUUAAACACAUGUUUUUCAAAUAA